UGCGCGGCAGAACGAGCAGCCAGCACGGAGUGAGAGAACAUGUUCACAGGAGCCUGUCGUUAAUUGACUCUUUAUUCUUUUGUCUCUUUUAGAUAAUAAGAGAAAACAACACAUAACUCUUCUACAUGCUGUCCGCAUGGAAAAGGAUUGUUGCGUCCGGACGCGAGGAGAGGCUCACCUAAAGCUCAUUUAAAACACAGACUGCACCAAAGUUUGGAGUAGAAUUACUCCCCCCCUGCCCAGCGUGGACUAAUGAUGGCGUUAAUGGUUCACCUGAAGACGGUCGCUCACCUCCGGGGGAGAGGUGACAGGAUCGCUAAAGUUACGUUCAGAGGUCUGCCCUUCUACAGCCGCGUGGCAGAGAACUGCGAUGACGUGGCUCACUUUAAUGAGACAUUUCGAUGGCCAAUUGCGAGCAGACUGGAUGGAAACGAGAUGCUGGAGAUCCAAGUAUACAAUUACAGCAAAGUCUUCUCCAACAGGCUGGUUGGGACUUUCUGCAUGGUACUUCAGAAGGUGGCUGAGGAGGGACACCUAGAGCUGACCGACACACUCAUUGACGACAACAACACAUCGAUCAAGACCAACGUUACCAUAGAGAUAAGAUACCAGUCGAUGGAUGGCACAGUGGGAGUGUGGAGCGACGGGGAGUUCCUGGAUGUUCCCGAUGACCGGGAUGGGAUGUUCGCCUUCGAAACCGACAGCUUGCUGUCAGGACAGAGCCACGGUUCCGGGACGUCUCCUGGACGAUCCUUACAAGGAUCCAUACCGACCUUCAGGAAAGCAGGGAAGGGAGUUUUCUCAGCCAUGAAGCUCGGAAAGAUCAAGAUCUCUAAAGACGAUCACAAGAAAGGAGAUGAGCCUGCAAUCCUGGACAUGGAGGACCUGGACAGGAAGGCAAUGCGUCUUGCUGGGUCUCUGGAUCCUGACACCAUCUCUCUGGCCUCUGUCACAGCCGUCACCACCAACGUCUCUAACAAGAGGUCAAAGCCAGAUAUCAAGAUGGAGCCAAGUUCUGGACGACCAGUGGAUUAUCAGAUCAGCAUCACAGUGGUCGAGGCCCGGCAGCUGAUAGGCCUCAACAUGGACCCCGUGGUGUGUGUGGAGAUCGGAGACGACAAGAAGUACACGUCUAUGAAGGAGUCCACCAACUGCCCCUACUACAACGAGUAUUUCGUCUUCGACUUCCACGUCCCCCCUCAUGUCAUGUUCGAUAAGAUCAUCAAGCUCUCGGUUAUUCACUCGAAAAAUCUUCUCCGGAGCGGGACCCUGGUGGGAACGUUCAAGAUGGAUGUUGGCACCGUUUACUCCCAGCCCGAGCAUCAGUUUUACCACAAGUGGGCCAUCCUGUCCGACCCCGAUGACAUAACAGCGGGCUGCAAAGGGUAUAUAAAGUGUGACAUCGCUGUGGUGGGGAAGGGCGACAACAUCAAGACCCCGCACAAGGCCAACGAGACAGAUGAAGACGACAUAGAGGGGAACCUCCUGCUCCCGGAGGGCAUCCCGGCAGAGAGGCAGUGGGCCCGGUUCUAUGUGAAGAUCUACCGUGCCGAGGGACUUCCCAAAAUGAACACCAGCAUCAUGGCUAAUGUGAAGAAGGCCUUUAUAGGAGAGAACAGAGACUUGGUCGACCCCUACGUUCAAGUGCAGUUCGCCGGGCAGAAAGGGAAGACAUCAGUCCAGAAGAGCAGCUACGAACCAAUCUGGAACGAGCAGAUCAUCUUCACCGAGCUGUUCCCUCCGCUCUGCAAACGCAUGAAGGUCCAGAUACGAGACUCGGAUAAGGUCAACGACGUUGCCAUAGGAACGCACUUUGUUGACCUGCGCAAGAUAUCGAACGAUGGUGACAAAGGGUUCCUGCCCACCAUGGGUCCAGCUUGGGCUAACAUGUACGGUUCCACCCGUCAGUACACUCUGAUGGACGAGCACCAGGACCUGAACGAGGGUCUCGGAGAGGGCGUGUCCUUCAGAGCGCGUCUCCUGCUGUCCGUCGCUGUGGAGAUCCUGGACACCACUGCACCUGAGAUCAUGAGCUCCACCGAGGUGCAGGUGGAGGGUGUCUCCAACAUCUCAGAGAGCGCCACUGGGAAAAUAGACGAGUUCUUCCUCUUCGGUUCCUUCCUGGAGGCCACCAUGAUCGACAGGAAGAUCGGGGACAAAACGAUAAGUUUUGAAAUCACAAUAGGUAAUUAUGGCAACCAGAUAGAUGGUGUAAGCAAGCCUUCAUCAGCAAAGAAGAAAAAGAAAGAUGGGGAGAAUGAAGAAGAGGAGAACGAGCUCAUCCAGAACUCCAGCGAGGACGAGGCGGACGAGGAGAGCGACCUGGUGUCUGUCUCCUGCACGCCUCCGAUGAAGCCCGUCAUCACAGACAGGAAUUACUUCCACCUUCCCUACUUUGCAAAGAAGCCCUGUGUGUACAUCAGAAGCUGGUGGCAGGACCAGAGAAGACGACUUUACAACUCCAACAUGAUGGACAAGAUCGCAGACAAACUGGAAGAGGGUUUGAACGAUGUUCAGGAGAUCAUUAAGACAGAGAAGGCCUUUCCAGAGCGCAGACUCAGGGGAGUGCUGGAGGAUCUGAGCAUCGGCUGCAGCCGGUUUGUGACCCUGGCGAACAAGGACGUGAACCAGGCGGGCCGAACCAAACUGGAUCGGGAGCGUCUAAAGUCCUGCAUGAGAGAGAUGGACAGCAUGGGCCAGCAGGCCAAGCAGAUCCGGACCCAAGUGAAGAAAAACACAGUCAGAGACAAACUGAAGCUGGUGCAGAACUUCCUGCAGAAGCUCCGGUUCCUCGCUGACGAGCCUCAGCACAGCAUCCCAGAUGUUUUCGUCUGGAUGAUGAGCAACAACAAGCGCAUCGCUUACGCCCGGAUUCCCUCCAAAGACAUCCUGUACUCCAUCGUGGACGAGGAGACGGGGAAAGACUGCGGCAAAGUCAAAGCUGUGUUUCUCAAGCUGCCUGGUAAGAAGGGGUUUGGUCCUGCAGGCUGGACAGUCCAGGCUAAGCUGGAGCUGUAUCUGUGGCUCGGCCUCAACAAGCAAAGGAAGGACUUCCUCAGCGGUCUGCCUAAUGGCUUUGAAGAGAUCAAGGCUGCUCAAGCAGGUCCCGGUCUUCAAUCCGUUCCCCCGGUCAGCCUCGUCUAUAACAUGAAGCAGGUGUUCCAGCUGAGAGCUCACAUGUACCAGGCCCGCAGUCUGUUUGCCGCUGACAGCAGUGGCCUUUCGGAUCCCUUCGCUCGGGUCUUCUUCUCCACGCACAGCCAGGUCACCGAGGUCCUGAGCGAGACUCUGUGCCCCACGUGGGACCAGCUGCUGGUGUUCGACGACGUGGAGCUGUUCGGGGAGGCGAGCGAGCUGAGAGACGACCCGCCGAUCAUUGUGGUUGAAAUCUAUGACCAGGACACCGUGGGCAAGGCAGAGUUCAUAGGUCGGACGUUUGCGAAGCCCACGAUCAAGAUGUGUGACGAGCACUACGGCCCGCCGAGGUUCCCGCCACAGCUGGAGUACUACCAGGUUUACAGAGGGAACUGCACCGCCGGGGAACUGCUGGCUGCCUUCGAGCUGCUGCAGAUUCCUUUCGACGAGGAGGCGAUUAGGCGAGCUCUGAUCGCUGUCCAUAACUUUGCUGUCCCUCAAAUAAAGAUCGGUCAAGGAGGGAGGGCCGACCUCCCUCCCCUUGAGGGUCCGACAGACUCCGAACGUGGACCCAUUCUACCGGUGCCGCUGGGCAUCCGACCCGUCCUGAGUCGCUACCGCAUAGAGGUUUUGUUCUGGGGCUUACGGGAUCUGAAGAGGAUUAACCUGGCUCAGGUGGAUCGGCCCCGUGUGGACAUAGAGUGCGCCGGUAGAGGCGUGCAGUCGGUCCUCAUCCAGAACUACAAGAAAAACCCCAACUUCAGCAUCCUGGUUAAAUGGUUUGAGGUGGACCUCCCAGAGAACGAGCUUCUACACCCUCCUCUCAACAUCCGGGUGGUUGACUGCCGGGCGUUUGGCCGUUACAUCCUGGUGGGGUCCCACGCCGUCACCAGCCUGAGACGUUUCAUCUACAGCACCCCGGACAAGACCUCCAACAACUGGGCCACAGCAGCUAAGCUUAUGAAUGGCUACAUGGUCCUUGCCAAUGGCGGCUCCCAGCCUCGCUCCUCACCUAGCCUUUCCUCCCGCACCUUCUCUCGCCCCGCAGGUGACAUCACGGUCAACAUGGACUCAGAGCCCUCGCUCCGAAAGAUGGACACAGUCGUCAAGUUAGACGCUACGUCUGACGCUGUUGUAAAAGUUGAUAUGACUGAGGAGGAGAGCGACAAAGAGAAAAAGAAGAAGAAGAAGAAGAAGAAGGGAGGAAUGGACGAAGAUGAUGAGCCGGAUGAGAGAGUGCUGGACUGGUGGUCCAAAUAUUUUGCUUCAAUAGAAACACUUAAAGAGACCCUCAGAGCCCAGGAGAUGGCUCAGGCUGAGGCGGAGGAGAGGGAGGACCUGGAGAUAGCUGCAGAGGCCGCAGACAUCAAAAUCGAUGACCUUCUUCUGAAAGGCUCCAAGACGAAUCAAAAGAGCAAAGAGAAGAAGGGCUCCAAGGACAAGAAGAAGGGUCUGGCUGCUGACGGCUCCGAGAAAAGACCGGUUAAAGCUAAAGUGGAUGAGCUGCUGGUGUACAACAAGGAGCUGGAGAGUGAGUACGGCAACUUCGAGGACUGGCUCCACACUUUUAACUUGUACAGAGGAAAGGCAGGGGAUGACGACGAACACGCGCUGGAUGACGACAGGAUUGUCGGCAGAUUUAAGGGAUCUUUAUGUAUGUACAAGCUACCUCUGUCGGAGGAGAUCACGAGAGAGGCAGGAUUUGAUCCCAAUAUGGGAAUGUUCCAGAGCAUUCCACACAACGAUCCAAUCAACGUCCUCGUCCGUGUCUAUGUGGUCCGGGCUACAGACCUUCAUCCCGCUGACAUCAACGGGAAGGCUGAUCCGUACAUUGUCAUAAAGCUGGGGAAGUCAGAGGUCAAGGACAAAGAGAACUACAUCUCCAAACAGCUCAAUCCUGUGUUUGGCAAAUCAUUCGACAUCGAGGCCACGUUCCCCAUGGAGUCCAUGCUGACGGUGUCCGUGUACGACUGGGACCUGGUCGGCACUGAUGACCUGAUUGGAGAGACAAAGAUCGACUUAGAGAACCGUUUCUACAGCAAAUACAGAGCCACCUGUGGCAUUUCAUCCAACUAUUCUGUCCAUGGAUACAAUGUUUGGCGGGACCCUAUGAAGCCCAGUCAGAUCCUGGCGAAGCUCUGUAAGGAGGGCAAGAUCGAUGGACCUCAUUACGGGCCGGGAGGCAAAGUCAAGGUGGCGAAUCGAAUCUUCACGGGACCUAUAGAGAUCGAGGAUGAAAAUGGUCUGAAGAAGCAGACCGAGGAGCAUUUGGCCCUCACGGUGCUGAACCACUGGGAGGAGAUCCCCAGGGUGGGCUGCAAGCUUGUCCCUGAACACGUGGAGACCAGACCCCUGCUGAACCCUGACAAACCCGGCAUCGAACAGGGCCGUAUUGAGAUGUGGGUGGACAUGUUUCCUAUGGACAUGCCUGCUCCUGGACCCGCGAUUGACAUAUCACCACGGAAACCAAAGAGAUAUGAGCUCAGGGUGAUUAUUUGGAAUACAGACGAAGUAAUACUGGAGGACGAUGAUUACUUCACUGGGGAAAAGUCCAGUGACAUAUUUGUCAGGGGAUGGCUGAAAGGACAACAGGAGGACAAGCAGGACACAGAUGUGCACUAUCACUCUCUGACUGGUGAGGGCAACUUUAACUGGCGCUUUGUCUUCCCCUUUGAUUACCUCAUGGCCGAGGAGAAGAUUGUCAUCUCGAAGAAAGAGUCCAUGUUCUCCUGGGAUGAGACUGAAUAUAAGAUCCCUCCUCGCCUCACGCUGCAGGUCUGGGACGCCGAUCACUUCUCCGCCGAUGAUUUCCUGGGUGCGAUUGAGUUGGACCUAAACCGGUUCCCUCGUGGCGCCAAGACGGCCAAGCAGUGUUCCCUUGACAUGAUCCGAAAUGAGCACGAGCUGCCCACCAUUUCCAUCUUCAAACAGAAGCGGGUCAAAGGCUGGUGGCCAUUCGUGGCCCGAGAUGAGAACGACGAGAUGGAGCUCACGGGUAAAGUAGAAGCUGAGCUUCAUCUGGUGACAGCAGAAGAAGCCGAGAAGAGUCCUGUCGGACUUGGACGAAAUGAGCCGGAUCCACUGGAGAAACCCAAUCGCCCAGACACCACCUUCCUGUGGUUCCUGAGCCCGCUGAAAGCCAUCCGCUACCUGGUGUGCAACCGCUACAAGUGGCUGAUCAUCAAGAUCGUGCUGGCCCUGCUGCUGCUCAUCAUGCUGGGCCUCUUCCUCUACAGCAUGCCGGGCUACCUUGUCAAGAAGCUGCUGGGGGCCUGAGAGGCUGCUGGGAGGACACGGGAGGGGGGUGGCCAGCCGGAUAGAUGAAAGGAUGGGUGAACGAGAGAGACAAGGAGGAAGAGGAGGAGGAGGAGGUCAUCGGAAGAAAAAAAAAAAACAGCUUGCCACCUUCCGCCUUAGCUCCGAGGAGAGAGGCAGACACCACCUCCCCCAAAAUCAUGAGAAACACUAACCGUCUGCUCCUCUGUCCAAUCUGCAGCAACGCUCAGUGUGUGGACUCCAUCCUUGAACUGACUAAAAAGCAAUCAUUUGCCACAAAUGUAACCCCUUCUUCCUCCUCUACUUCUUCUUCUUCUUCUUCUUUUCGAGCAAUGUCACAUGACAAUGAAUGUUUCUUUACGUGGUUAAACCGCUAAUUGAGCUCAAUCCGGAGUGUUGUGUUUCGUGGCCAGACGAUUGCAUGGGCGUUCAUUUCAAGUGAUGCUGUACGAUCUCCCAUUACUGCUACAAUGUUUGCUGUCGAUUUAGGUAAAUAGGGAACAAAUGAACAAUGUGUUUUAAGUAACACUUUGCAACCCCCCCUUCCCUCCUUAUAUUUAGCAUUCAUAAGCUCCAUAUAAACAUUUAAUAAACGGUUAACUACAAUGCAGUUAUAAUCAGAUAUAAGGAUGUUUAUGAAUGAGCAGUUUUUAUCAGCAAUCAUAACUUCUCCUGUGAAGACGUGUUUUAUAUUAUUGUACCUGUGUCAUUCGUGUUCUGUUCAUACACUGACCAGCCUCCCCUCUCAGUGCCCACAAGAGGAGUUAACGGUUGUUGACGAGCACACUGAUAAACACUUACAUCUGCUCAUAAUUACAUCAUCCCGUAUUCAAUGUUUACGUGCUGCUGAUGAAUGCUCUCAAGGGUGGUUGAGGCAAAGUGUUGCCAUUUUUGCGGUCUUUGCACACUUCGAGAAUAAUAAGGAAGAAACAAAAAAAAUAAUAAAGAUGUCUAUUUUCCUAAUGAAGUUCAGAGAGACAUAGAACAAGGUGACUUCAAAAUGAAAAAUCAAACGAGUAAAGAAGCUUUCUACAGGGUUCCGCCGCGAUGCCCAGUGUUUAACUGCUUGGCUCAAGGCAGCCGAUGCCAGACUUUGGUCAAAGAGUAUUUGCAAAUAAUUCCAAUUAAAAAAAAAAAAAAAGUUUUAUCUCAUUUUCUUAUUAGACAUAUGUGGACCAGACAUGCACUCUCACAAAUGCUGUAUGCUUAUUCCGCCCCUGAUUUUUGUGUAAGUAUGUACAGGAAAUGCUCUUCAGUUCGCUGUCCCACUGAUAAAAACCCCCAUGGGAGAAUAAAAUGUAUUAUUUGCAGAUCUCAUUUGACUAAGUCUGAGUCAAAAGUCCUCAAAAGCAACAAAUACCCGAGGUUAUUGCUGUUUCCUACACAAAAUGUAGAUUUAUGUCAAUAUGCAUGCAUCAUCGUGAUAACUGACCUCAGAGGUCAUGUGUGUUGGCAUGACUGUCUUUCCAGCUCGACACAAACCAAAUCACCGACCCUGUUAUCUCUAACGCUACAGAUAAUGUGGGAACAUGUUUAAAGUGCACUUGAGUGGAGUGGUGAAGGGAGGACUGCGUUGAUUCUCAAAACUCAGCUCCGUGUCGAAUCGUUUGCGGUGUCCGUCACUCCCUCUCAAAACUUGCCUGUGCUUGACCUCAUUUGAGUUCCAGUCUUUGUUUGUGAUUACAUGUUUUACCGAUUACAAGAGUUAUCGUUUGCACUAAACCUGCCUGUUUUUACAAUUGAUUUGUGUUUAUAUAUCUGUUGAAAUGUGUGCAGUAUUUAUUUUCUGUCUGUUUUGGCAAUUUGAAAUAAACUGAAUUCCAUGGACAACAUGUUUGGGAUUGUUAAAGCAGCUAGUAGUAAUAUCUGUACAUGAACAAUGGCUCACAUUAAACUGGAUCUGUGAGUAGACGUUCUCAAAUCUCUGCUGUUCCCCAGUUCUGUAUCACUUUAAGGAACAGUGCACCCAAAAAUGAAAAUUCAGUUAUUAUCUACACACCCCUUUACGGCCAGGUAAAAUGUCAUGGUUCACAGAACAUCUUUGGAGCUUCACAGCUAAACAGUGUUGCAGCAUUCAAACAACUGAAGUAAAAAAAAAAACAACAACAAA